CGGAGAGGAGGGGAGGGGUGGCCGGCGGCUGCCUGACCGCCCCGCUCUCUCCAGGGGAGGCCUGAACCGGCCGGGCCUGGGUGCAGCCCCCCUGCCCUGGCUUCGGCCUCCCGGCCCUGCAGAACCACCUCCCAGCCUGCCCCUGGGGAGGGGCCACCUGGUGUCAAUUAAGGCCCAGCCACGCGGCUCGCACCACGCCAGGCGGCUGAUUAGUGCCGCUGGCCUCUCCCGAUGGGGAGUCCGGCCUGAGAGGGGCGCCUGCCACCACGCCAGGGGGAGGCCUCGCCAGAGCUGGAGGCCCCAGAUUGGAUCUGCGUCUAACGGGAUGGCGAUGCCCCGGGGAUAGUCCCCGCUAGCAUGCGUCACCUCUAGACACAUCCACCAGACACAUUUGCUCCCCGGUCUGCCUGACCUGUUGCUUAGGGACACGUCCCACUGCUUCCCCUGACGUCUGCCUGAUCAACCAUCGCUUCCUUAGAGAAUAAGGAAGGAGGCAGACACAGGAAAUCAUGCCACCGACGGCCCAACGACAAUGAGUGAGUGACGCUGAGUUGACGUCAAAGGCAGAGAAGACCAAGACCAAGAGCAGCUCCCUCUCCAGUCUCCCCUUGGCCCCUGCAGCGCCAGCCCCCGGCUCCUCCUCUCGUCACAGCCAGAAGCCUGGCUGCUCCCGGCGAAAUCGCCUCGGCUUGACACAUUUUGAGGUCUUCCGACCCUUGGACACUAGACACCAUGGAGAAUCACAUGUUCAGCGUUAAGCAGAUCCAACCCAAUGUCAUUUCUGUCCGCCUCUUCAAGCGCAAAGUGGGGGGCCUGGGGUUCCUGGUGAAGGAGAGGGUGAGCAAGCCGCCUGUGAUCAUCUCCGACCUGAUUCGAGGGGGCGCCGCGGAGCAGAGCGGCCUCAUCCAGGCUGGGGACAUCAUUCUCGCCGUCAACGGCCAGCCCUUGGUGGACCUGAGCUAUGACAGCGCCCUGGAGGUGCUCAGAGGUAUUGCCUCCGAGACCCAUGUGGUCCUCAUCCUGAGGGGUCCCGAGGGCUUCACCACGCACCUGGAGACCACUUUCACUGGGGACGGGACCCCCAAGACCAUCCGGGUGACACGGCCCCUGGGUCCCCCAACCACAGCCGUCGAUCUGUCCCACCAGUCAUCAGCCAGCAAAGAGCAGACCCUGGCAGUAGACGGGGCCACGGGUCCUGGCAAUGGGCCUCAGGACCAUGGGCACAUGCCAGACCAGGGGCAGGAAGCUGGCUUGCUCUCCCACACCAAUGGCCUGGCUCCCAGGCCCCCAAGCCAGGACCCUGCCAAGAAAAGUUCUGGGGAGAACAAUAAACUGCUCAAAGAGAUAGAGCCUGUGCUGAAUCUUCUCACCAGUGGGGGCAAAGGGAUCAACGGAGGGGGACCUGCCAAAGCGGAGACAAAGGACGCAGAAAUCCAGGUGAACAGAGAUCUGGAUGGCAAAUCACACAAACCGCUGCCCCUCGGUGUGGAGAACGACCGAGUCUUCAAUGACCUGUGGGGGAAGGGCAACAUGCCAGUCGUCCUCAACAACCCGUAUUCAGAGAAGGAGCAGCCCCCUGCCUCGGGAAAACAGUCUCCCAUAAAGAAUGGCAGCCCCUCCAAGUGCCCUCGCUUCCUCAAGGUCAAGAACUGGGAGACCGAUGUGGUUCUCUCUGACACCCUCCACCUUAAGAGCACGUUGGGAACGGGAUGCACCGAGCAUGUCUGUAUGGGGUCCAUCAUGCUUCCUUCUCAGCAAAUACGAAGGCCUGAAGACGUCCGCACAAAAGAGCAUCUCUUCCCUCUUGCCAAAGAGUUUAUUGAUCAGUACUACUCAUCAAUUAAAAGAUUCGGCUCCAAAGCCCAUACGGAGAGGCUGGAAGAGGUGAACAGGGAGACUGAAAGCACCGGCACCUACCAGCUCAAGGACACGGAGCUCAUCUACGGGGCCAAGCACGGCUGGAGGAAUGCCUCCCGCUGCGUCGGCCGGAUCCAGUGGUCCAAGCUGCAGGUGUUCGAUGCCCGCGACUGUACCACGGCUCACGGGAUGUUCAACUACAUCUGUAACCAUAUCAAGUAUGCCACCAACAAAGGGAACCUCAGAUCUGCCAUCACCAUAUUUCCCCAGAGGACCGAUGGCAAGCAUGACUUUCGAGUCUGGAACUCCCAGCUCAUCCGCUAUGCUGGCUACAAGCAGCCUGACGGCUCCGUCCUGGGGGAUCCAGCCAGCGUGGAGUUCACAGAGAUCUGCAUCCAGCAGGGCUGGAAACCCCCAAGAAGCCGCUUCGAUGUCCUGCCACUCCUGCUCCAGGCCAACGGCAAUGACCCUGAGCUCUUCCAGAUUCCUCCAGAGCUGGUGCUGGAAGUGCCCAUCAGGCACCCCAAGUUUGAGUGGUUCAAGGACCUUGGGCUGAAGUGGUACGGCCUCCCUGCUGUGUCAAACAUGCUCCUGGAGAUCGGCGGCCUGGAGUUCAGCGCCUGUCCCUUCAGCGGCUGGUACAUGGGCACAGAGAUUGGCGUCCGCGACUACUGUGACAGCUCCCGAUACAACAUCCUGGAGGAAGUGGCCAAGAAGAUGAACUUGGACAUGAGGAAGACAUCCUCCCUGUGGAAGGACCAGGCACUGGUGGAGAUCAACAUUGCCGUGCUGUACAGCUUCCAGAGUGACAAAGUGACCAUCGUUGACCACCACUCCGCCACCGAGUCCUUCAUUAAGCACAUGGAGAAUGAAUACCGCUGCCGCGGAGGCUGCCCCGCUGACUGGGUGUGGAUCGUGCCCCCCAUGUCUGGCAGCAUCACCCCCGUCUUCCACCAAGAGAUGCUCAACUACCGACUCACCCCCUCCUUCGAAUACCAGCCUGACCCUUGGAACACCCACGUCUGGAAAGGUACCAACGGGACCCCCACAAAGCGGCGAGCCAUUGGCUUCAAGAAGCUGGCAGAAGCCGUCAAGUUCUCAGCCAAGCUGAUGGGACAGGCCAUGGCCAAGAGGGUCAAGGCUACCAUCCUGUACGCCACAGAGACGGGCAAAUCGCAGGCUUAUGCCAAAACCCUGUGUGAGAUCUUCAAACAUGCCUUUGACGCCAAGGUGAUGUCCAUGGAAGAAUAUGACAUUGUACACCUGGAGCAUGAAACUCUGGUCCUGGUGGUUACCAGCACCUUUGGAAAUGGAGACCCCCCUGAGAAUGGGGAGAAAUUUGGCUGUGCUUUGAUGGAAAUGAGGCACCCCAACUCUGUGCACGAGGAAAGGAAGUACCCGGAACCCUUGCGUUUCUUUCCCCGUAAAGGGCCUCCCCUCCCCCGAGGUGACACAGAAGUCCACGGUCUGGCUGCAGCCCAUGACAGCCGGCGCAGGAGCUACAAGGUUCGUUUCAACAGUGUUUCCUCCUACUCCGACUCCCGCAAAUCAUCGGGCGAUGGGCCGGACCUCAGAGACAACUUUGAGAGCGCGGGACCCCUGGCGAAUGUGAGGUUCUCCGUGUUCGGCCUUGGCUCGCGGGCGUACCCUCACUUCUGCGCCUUUGGACAUGCCGUGGACACACUCCUGGAGGAGCUGGGUGGGGAGAGGAUCCUGAAGAUGAGGGAGGGGGAUGAGCUCUGUGGGCAGGAAGAGGCUUUCAGGACCUGGGCCAAGAAGGUCUUCAAGGCAGCCUGUGAUGUGUUCUGCGUGGGAGAUGAUGUCAACAUUGAGAAGGCAAACAACUCCCUCAUCAGCAAUGACCGCAGUUGGAAGAGGAACAAGUUCCGCCUCACCUACAUGGCCGAAGCUCCAGAACUCACACAAGGUCUAUCCAAUGUCCACAAAAAGCGGGUCUCAGCCGCUCGACUCCUCAGCCGUCAAAACCUUCAGAGUCCUAAAUCCAGCCGAUCAACCAUCUUCGUGCGUCUCCACACCAACGGGAAUCAGGAGCUGCAGUACCAGCCUGGGGACCACCUGGGCGUCUUCCCCGGCAACCACGAGGACCUCGUGAAUGCCCUGAUCGAGCGGCUGGAGGACGCACCCCCGGUCAACCAGCUGGUGAAGGUGGAGCUGCUAGAGGAGCGAAACACGGCUUUGGGGGUUAUCAGUAACUGGACCGAUGAGCAUCGCCUCCCACCCUGCACCAUCUUCCAGGCCUUCAGGUACUACCUGGAUAUCACCACGCCUCCAACGCCACUGCAGCUGCAGCAGUUUGCCUCCUUGGCCACCAGUGAGAAAGAGAAGCAGCGUCUGCUGGUCCUCAGCAAGGGUUUGCAGGAGUACGAGGAAUGGAAAUGGGGCAGGAACCCGAACAUCGUGGAGGUGCUGGAGGAGUUCCCAUCCAUCCAGAUGCCCUCCACCCUGCUCCUGACCCAGCUGUCGCUGCUGCAACCUCGCUACUAUUCCAUCAGCUCCUCCCCGGACAUGUACCCCGACGAGGUGCACCUCACCGUGGCCAUUGUCUCCUACCGCACCCGAGAUGGAGAAGGACCAAUUCACCACGGCGUGUGCUCCUCCUGGCUCAACCGGAUCCAGGCUGACGAAGUGGUGCCCUGUUUCGUGAGAGGAGCGCCCAGCUUCCACCUGCCCCGAAAUCCCCAAGUGCCCUGUAUCCUGGUUGGCCCGGGCACAGGCAUUGCCCCUUUCCGAAGCUUCUGGCAGCAACGGCAAUUUGAUAUCCAACACAAAGGAAUGAGUCCCUGCCCCAUGGUCUUGGUCUUCGGGUGCCGGCAGUCCAAGAUAGACCACAUCUACAGGGAGGAGACCCUACAGGCCAAGAGCAAGGGGGUCUUCAGAGAACUGUACACAGCCUACUCCCGGGAGCCAGACAAACCAAAGAAGUACGUGCAGGACAUCCUACAGGAGCAGUUGGCAGAACCCGUGUACCGAGCCCUGAAGGAGCAAGGGGGCCACAUUUACGUCUGCGGGGACGUCACCAUGGCGGCCGAUGUCCUCAAAGCCAUCCAGCGCAUCAUGACCCAGCAGGGGAAGCUCUCGGUGGAGGACGCCGGCGUGUUCAUCAGCAGGCUGAGGGAUGACAACCGGUACCAUGAGGAUAUUUUCGGGGUCACCCUGCGCACAUAUGAAGUGACCAACCGCCUUAGAUCUGAAUCCAUUGCCUUCAUUGAGGAGAGCAAAAAGGACACUGAUGAGGUUUUCAGCUCCUAACUGGACGCUCUUGCCCAGGUGGAUGGCACCCCACUGCACUCGGCCAGGAUGGCUGCAGGUUUUGUAAGCACGGACACUGCUGAACCUUUCCUUCGGGCCCGCACGUGGCCCCCGCUCUGCCUCUUGUCCUGUCGCCGUGUCCUGGCCCUCCUCUCCUGGGUUCUCACCUCUCAGUGGUUUCCUGGCCCUCUUGGGUUUUCUCCUUGAGUUUUCCUGCUGCAGUGCAAUGCCUUCAUAAUCCGCAGUGGCUCUUACAAAACUGUUUCCCUCUCUCUCUCUUUCUGACAAGGGCAAAUCACCAGUGCAUGAAACCACUGGAACAUGGCUGUGGUUCGUGUUAGGGUGUUUUCUGGGGUUUGCCCUGGAGAGGCUGCAGGGACCAGACGGAAGAGUUUUUUGAGCUGGUCCCGCAGUCGUUCAAAUCCCCCUUGUCCUUUUUUAUGAUGGCAUUCUGGUCGUGCGUGUGUGAGCGUGUGUUGGGCCUGGGUCUCCCUCCAUCCUCUUGCCCAUGCAGGCAUGUCGCCUGCAGACCCUCAGUGCCAAGAAAUAUGCCCCGGCCCAUAGUGGGGCCUCACACAUCCAUAAUUAAGGGUCUGUGCUAGCAUGCCUGAAACACUUGGAAGCGUCCUAAUUGUCCUGGUUAUAUAGGGUCAGGGCAUGGAGGUGGGGUGUGAUGAUCAAGGGGGAUAUCUCCAAUGAAAGGGGAAAUCACUGAAUUAGAUGCAUUUAGAUGCUGGCCCCAGUUAGCGGAGCCCUUACUGGGAAAUUAACCCAUCUAAUGGAUUGGGCAAACCUGCUCCCCAACCCCACGCACCCCAGGGUCAAAUCAGGAUCGCCUGAUUUGGCACUCCCACCCACAAGACCAGAAGUAAUGUUGUCCAAGGGAAUGAGCUGGAAAUAAGAAUCUUCCCGUCUUUGCCACCGGCUAACUUUGGACGAUAUCACUGGUCCUUAGUUUCCACUAAUUGUAAUGUUAUGAAGCCAAAAAGUAUGAAUGGAUCAAACUUUAAAGUUGUAGAGAUUGAAAAUGGUAUCAAGGAAGAAUAUCACUGUUAUUUUUUUAUUCCCCCAAGUGAGGCUUGCUGUUUCACCCCUGGGGAUAAAGUAAUGGAAGCCGGUGAAAGCAGAUCGGGUUGGAGAGGGACUCCGUCAUGAGGUAUCUCACGGCUUCCUCUACAGGACCCCAGCCAGGGUGGGGAGUACCUGCCCUCAUGCUUUUGGUCUUCUAAAAGAGAUUCCCCCCAAUUUUUAACCUGAUAAGAUAAUUCUGACAAAUAAAUUAUCCUCAACUCAGAUCAAAAACAGGCAGGAAAGUCUUUGGUAGGAAUCAGGGCAGGUACAGUUUCUCCCAGGCAGACCUGAGAGAGUUCAACUUCUCAGAGGAAAUGGGGUGGCAGGGUCGCUUUCUACACUUAAGUGCUAAAAAUCAAUGGUGAGCAGCACCCAGAGAGAGCCAAGAAGUUCCACUGACCCCCCAGGAACUGCCUUCCCAGUGUUGAAAGGCAAGCAAUCAGCCAGUUCUGAUCUUCCGUCUUGUUUCGUUUUGUCUUGUCCGAUGGAAAGACAGCUUUUUCUUUCUGUACAGCACACGGGCAUUUCUUUCUUGAUGCUCAGUUUGGAGGCCUGCCAAAGGGAGAGAGCCCUGGCUCUCUCUGGAAGGGCCUUAAGAUAGGGGGUGCCAAAGAGGUGUCCCCAGGAGGGGACAACCUUAGAGACUCUUAAAGACAAAGGGCAAACUCUAUGUCGCCUUUUUCCACCCUUCCCGGCAGCCCCCGCUGGUAUCGCAUCCCUGGCACUUGGAGUUUGCCUUCGUGCCAGUUAUGAUUUCCCUGCCUGCCUUUAAUCCUGUUUCCUCCUGCUCAGGCUUCCAUGGCACAGAGACCAAGCCCUUGGCAUGCUUGGCCGACCCUCUCUGACCAGGAGGGAAGCCCAUUCUAAACCCUUUCUUUCCUGCAAACAUGAUUCUGGCCAGUAGCUCUCCUCCCAGAGGCUUCCUUUCCAACCCUUUGAGCCUUUUGGAGAUACCUCCUAAGAUGUCACUAGCUCCCCAGGGACUGAACCACUGUGUCCAACCUCCAUCAUAGAGGAAUUAAUCAGUGCUCCCCUUUCCAAAUCAAGCUUUAGGCAUGAAUGCUUUUGCAUCGCCAAAUAAAUACUUACGAGCACUUAUUCCAUGCCAGGCACCUUCUUCAAAUAGCCCUGCCCUUCUAGUAGCAGGCAGACAGAGAAAAAUAUCAUCUUGCUUUAUCAGGGAGUCUAAAGAAAUGAUUGCAUCACCAGGAUUCAUCUUUCUUCCCGAGAAUGACUAUUUUGUGUUUUUUUAAGUAAACACCUUUCAACCCUCAACACAAGCUGCUUCAUAACUCCUGGCUGGAGGACAGGAGAUUGGUCUGAUGUGUUUCUCUCAUUUGCCAGAAUCUCUGAUACCAAAAGCCUCGCUGUGAUGAACCUAUCAAGAGGCAGAGGGAGUGGAGCCCUGAUUUCAGGUUCAGCUCUGAUCCAGGGUGGCUAAAUGCUGCUCUCUUGUGGUGGUUUGUAGUUCAGUCCCAGUAGCCUGCCAAUUUUGGUGUAACAGUAGAUGAACAAAAAUAGGGUUGCCUGGGCAUUCAGGGGUCGCCUUAGUUGCAGCCCUCUUAUUUCUCUUGCGCUCUCUUGAACUGGUCAGCAGUAGCUGACCACUCCACUUAACAAAAGUGAGUUUGGCCAGGAGGGAUGAGACAUUCCCUGCCACAGGAAAGCUAGAACAGUCGUGUUCACCUAUUGUCACUGUGAGUUCUAUUCCUGUACCUUGUGUUGCAAAAGAAGCAGAAGUCGUUAAACUCCCUGAGAGGAUGCAGGUUUUCCCUUGGUUUCUGUGGAGUGAGACAGCCAGGUAUCUUUGGGGGACUGCUUCAGACCCACCAAAAUGGAGUUUUAGAAGCAGACCUGAGUCCAAAUGCUAACUCUGCCCCUGUCUCUGUAGACAGCUGUGAGCUGGUGACCUAACCUUUCCGAGCCUACAUACCUACCUGUAUCACAAGGUGGAUUCAAUGAGCUAAUGCCCAUAAAAUGCCCAGUUACAGUACCUGGCCCAUUAUAAGCUAUCAAAUUUUGUUUCACUUAAUCUGUAUCAUUUCUUGCCUCUCCAGUAGGCAGAAGGCGCCGUGGAGUGUCCAGAGCAAAACACAUUUCCUCUCUUACAGAAGGUUAGGAUCUGGGAUGCAGAGACACAAUUCUUAGAAUCUACAUGCAGGUCUGGGGUUUGAGCAAUGGGUGGAAUUCCACCAGCAGGUUUGGGGAAAGGAGAUUGCCAGGAUGGAGGAAGGGAGAGGGGAAAGACAUGGACAGGGGGCAUGCAGGGUAAAUUGGGGCUGGCUUCAGACAUGGCGCAGCUUUGGAAGGCUGAGGAAGGUAGGGGUACACUGCAGAGACAGGCAGGGAACAGACAGAAUUUUGUCAAGGGAUUUUGACUUUAUUUGGUAGGCAACACAGAGUCCUUAGGAGUGCUUUUAAAAGGGGAAAAUAAGGUGAUUUGGGUUAUGCUUGGAAAAGAAUGUUCUGGCUACAGCACAGAGCCUGGAUGGCUGACCUGUUCAACUAUUGGUUGGUUAUUGCAGAAACCCAAGGCUUGAAUGAGGGAAAGGGCAGAUGUAGUGAUAAAGACAUUCCGGGGGUUGAAUUACCAGGACCUGGACUCCCACCUGUUGUGGAGGAUGAGAACAAAGGGAGAGUCAAGAGUGUUGCCUCUAGGCUGAGAAAUGGGUCUCAGGAGAAAAAACAGCCUCCAAGUAAAGCUGCGUUUUCGGAACUGACAUGAUAGCCAGCUUCUCCCCGAGUCAGCAGGGUGGAUCCUUCCAAGGUCCAGCCACGCCUAGAUGGGCAGAAAGAGAACUGACCCCAGGCCAGUAGACAUCGGCCUUAGAACACGGGAUUUUCUUGCCAGACACACUCUCAGCAGCCCCCUGCUUUGGGCUUCCAAAAGGAGGUCAGGUUUUGCCCUAAGUCGGUUUGCCACAGGUGAGAUUCUCUGACCCAGAUCAUGGUGCAAACGGUUCCUGCCAGAGUGGGCAAGCCGAUGUCUGGACCCCCUUACCACUAAAAGGGCACUGGCCCUUUUAAUUCAUGCCAUUAGGAAAAGCAUGGACUUAAGAUUUUAAGCCGGCCAUGUUUCCUUGUAUACUUCCAUCGCCCCCUGCCCCCGAUUGCCAGCAUGGCACUGUGCCCGCCUUACCCUCGAAGUCUUCUGUCUGAAUCGGCAUGUUAAUCUGAGACUGUCUGCCAGUGACAAGGAAAAAGAAAUAUUAAUCUGGGCUUCCCUUGGGACCUGCCCACACUCCCUGUCUUCUGCCAGCCCUCUCCUGCAUCCAAAUGUGCCAUUCGGCUCAAGAAUUACAGGCCAAGAGCUGGGAUGGAGGAUAAAGGAUCUGAGAGGCUGAGGGAGUGACCGUGCCCCCCAGGGACUCAACACAGAUGGUCCUCACACACCUGAAUUUGGCCUUUGGGGACUAACGCCAGCCUGGCCUCUCCUCUUUCUUCCACACCCACCCCAACUUCGGUCCACCUGCCGGUGCCCGCCUGGUGGCACAGACACAAUGAUGUGUCUCAGGUGCGAAGACCCAGGUAAACUUUCACGCCAGGAAAGCAAGGGCUGUUUGGCGGUGUGGGUGGGGUCUGUUCUCUAUUAAUACUUGUCAGAGCCGCAUGCAAGGGAGGUGAUCGGGAGUAAAUACGCCUCGGUAUGUUUCUGAGUUUGUCGUGUCCUAGAACGUCUGAACGGUCUGAGCAAGCGGGGCAUGCGUGUCUGGUCCAGAGCAGAGCCCGUUCUUAAAGCAGGUGGCCCUGACAGGCAGGAACAGAUCUGCCUGAAGAUGCAGCUUUCCAUAGUCUUCUAGAAAGUGACGCCAGGACAUCAAAGUGCCCAGACUCGGCUCCUAGGAGACUCUGGUCCAGGGUCCGUCAACCUCAGCACUGUUGGCAUUUGGGGCUGGGGAAUUCUUUGUGGUGAGGGCUGUCCUGGGCAUUGUAGGGUGUUGAGUGGCACCCCUGGCCUCCAGCUACUAGAUGUCAGUAGCAGUCCCACCCCACCCUCACAAGUCGUGACAACCAACUAUGUCUUCGGACAUUGCCAGAUGUCCCCUGGGGGCAACAGAAUCUCUACCGGCUGCCCCAGGCCUUCUCACCAUCCACCUUCUGGAAUAGGCAGAGCAUUUCUCAGCCCGAUGGUUUUCUCUCCAUUGUCUGCCGCCAAGAACUUGAAGGAUUUCAAGAGGGAAUGAAAAAGUGUGGUUCCGCCAACUCCUGCCCAAGACAAAAGGAUGACAGCGCCGAUUCCAUAAGAUGCCGUGCCCUUGGCAUCCAGUUCCGAUGAAGACCCACAGAGGCCCAGCGCCCUCCCGUGCCCCCCACCCCGUCUCCACCCUGUUUUCCAUGUUGUCGUGUCAUCGUGAUCGUAAGACCCACUCCGGGCUCAGCAGUGGUUACCUGGGGGGCGCAGGGUGCGGGGAGGGGGUCGCCCUGCGUUGCUGCGCCAGUGGUGGUGGGUUUCCGUUCCUUCCGGGUCUGGGGAGCCAGGAAGGUGGGCCAAGCCGGUGUCACCUGUCACUGAACGCGCUGCCAGAAGCUCGGACCUCCCCCUACCUCUGAGCUCUCAAUGCUGCUAAUCUCCGCCAAGUGUCCCGUGCGCUCCAGCACCUUCUCGAAGGACUGACGCCCGCCCCAUGCUCUCUGCGAGGUUGUCCAGGCUGUGCUCGCCGCAUGUUCUUCUUCUGUAUAAUUCUUAUCUUCUAAUUUGAUGGAAUUCAACAAAAGUCUAUUUAUGCCU